AUGAUUAUAUUCGCAUGGCUCUUGUUCUUCGUUCGAUUUGUAAAAUGCCUUACAGCUGAAGAGGGCGAGGUGACAUUCUUUACUGAGGAGAAAAAAUACGACGAGGCUAUAAAUGCACUCAUGUUAGGACACCUUGAGGCUUCGGAUGGAAGCGAGGGCAUAGUAUGGUUCGAUACCUCCAGUUAUGAACUACAACUCAGCGGCUUCCCAUUGAUAGGACUUUACAGCCUCAAAACCGAACGCAGUUACAAUUAUCUUGAUAGUUUGAGUGUUUUGGCAGAACUGGCCGUUGACAAGGGGAAGCAUGGAGAUUUUGUUUAUAUCAUGUAUAGAUUCCUUUAUCACAAGAGCUUGCAAGAUGCCGUCAAUCCCAAUUAUCUUUUAACGAGGGAGAUGGCCAAAGGCUUGAGUCCGAAGUACAAUUAUCGCGACGGAAGUGAAUUUCUACUUUCGACCUUGAUCGAAACAUCAUCUUCAUCAGAGCUAGAAUUGAUGUACCGUGAAAUUGAUAAUGAGGCUUCUGUUUUAUCGGAUGAGUCCUACCCUUCCUUGGUAAUUUCAGCAAAGAAAGUGUACUAG